GCGCAUGCGUUCAUACUGUCGGUUAAUACUUCCGGUAAAAUAGCCAACAUGUCACUGAACAGAAUUCUCAUAUUUAUUUCAACACUAAGUGUUGUUUCAGCACUUUAUUUUCACAUCGGUGAAACUGAAAAGAAAUGUUUUAUAGAAGAAAUCCCAGACGAAACAAUGGUGGUUGGCAGAUACAAAGUUCUCAUUUUUGAUCCACAAGUCAAUGAAUAUGUGCCUACAACUGCGGGCUUAGGCAUGCAUGUUGAAAUCAAAGAUCAUGAUUCUAAAGUUGUUUUGUCUAGGACGUAUGCGUCCGAGGGCAGAUUCACUUUCACAUCUGCCAGUGCAGGAGAGCAUUCCAUCUGCCUCCAUUCCAACUCCAGCGCCUGGUUUGCCAGUGGACAGCUUAGGGUUCACCUGGACAUCCAGGUGGGUGAGCAUGCCGUGGACUACCAGCAGAUCCAGGCCAAGGACAAGCUGUCUGAGCUGCAGCUGAGAGUGAGACAGCUGCUAGACCAGGUGGAGCAGAUCACAAAGGAACAAAACUACCAGCGGUAUCGCGAGGAGCGUUUUCGCGCGACCAGCAUCAGCACCAACGAGCGCGUGCUGUGGUGGUCCAUCUUUCAGACCGCCAUCCUGCUCAUCACUGGCUUUGGACAGAUGAGGCACCUGAAGAGUUUCUUUGAGGCGAAGAAAUUAGUAUAAUACUGGUGCUAAUAGAGACACAUUUUAUAAUUAGAGCAGCGUUUUGGGAAAACUGGGCUUAAUGCAUGUGCGCCAAGAUUGGCCUGUGAAGUCUGCCUUGUCUGUACUGGAAUUUUGGUAAGAAAAGACUGACUUUAAACAACAAAUUCUAUAAAAGUGGAAAGUGUUUUCCAUAAUAAGCCUGUGCAGACUGCACAGGCUCAUAUGGGAGGACACUUUAUGAAUAUGCAUUAAGCCCCAUCUUCAUAAAACAAUGCUCAAUGGUAUGUUUUCUUUUAAGUUAUGCAUUCUGAAAGUGAUUCUUUGAAGGAAAGAAAAUAUGAAUGAUAAAAGCGUAAUCUUUUUUAUAUAUAUUACUUAACAAUUUACAACGUGAUUGAUUUGAUGUGAAGUUUUUGAAGAUAACAAGGAGAUUAUGAUAUUAUAUCUUUAUAUGGACAGACAAGAUAUUUUUUUUAAUGAAAUAAUUGAUGUAAUAGUUUAUUCUUUCAAGCGGAGUAGUGAGAAUUAUAAUUGAUUUUUUUUCUCGAGGAUGAUUAAUGUUCUUAGUUAAUUAUUUGAAGUGAAGAAUAUAGUAUAAUAAUAGUGGUCGUAAACAUAUAAGAUAUAUAUGUUAUCUUACACAAAAUGAUCGUUCUUUAUUAUUUAUUGAUCAUUGUGAAUUGUGUAUUUAUAACAAAUGUAGUUUAAAUCAGUGUUAAAGCAAGUUGUUUUGUUUGACUGUGUUCCAACUGUGUUUGGAUCUGCAUUAUGUGACGGUUAUAAAAUUGAUAGAAUGCACAUUCGUGGUUUUACAUAGACUUAGUAAUUGUAAUGAUUUUUGAUGAAAACUCCUGAUGAAAGUGUCAUAUUUGUAUUGCUCACACAUGUUGUCACGAUAUUAUUUGUAUUUUUGUGUACCAAAAGAUUGAAAUGUAUGUAACUUACUGAACAAUGUAUUACUUAUUCAUUAAGCCUUGUCUUUCCUUUUAAACACAAUAACUACAGUGCUAACAUGUCAUACUUGCAUAUGUAACAUUGUAAAAGGUUUAAAGUUUGUCAAAUGUUUGUCAAAAAUAAAAGAAUGACAUCUU